AGUGCACAGGUUUGGUGUGUGCGGGGUGGUGGCACCUGGCCUUCAUUCUAAAUAUCGAUACACAGCAGUUCCUACAGAAGCACCUGCAGCCGGAGCAGGACUGGUGGCUGGGUUUAGCACCUGCCUCCCCGAACCUAACACUGUUGCUGAAGGUCAUCUCUCCUGGCUUGAUGGCUCUGAUGUCAGCUACUCUAACUGGGUGAACGACCCUGAUCCAGGGGCUGGCUGUGGUCACAUACUGAGGAGCUCAGGGUUUCAAUGGGAGGCAACAAGCAACUGUAGCCAGGAGCUGCACUUCAUCUGCCAAUUUGUCCAGAAAAACGUUAUCCUUCAGGAGCCCAUCGGGGAGUUUGGUGUCAUCAUGUGCUAUAGCAUGAACCAAUCAAUAGAUGGUGCAAACUGCAAGACCCUGUACGGAAGCCCCCUUCAAAUCCAAGUUGAAGUAGAAGCUGGUACGAAUUUGACCUACAAAAUCCACCGUGGUGAGAUGUUGGUGGUCAAUUCAUUAGCAGUCAGAGGAAUCGUCCCCCACAACAUCACAGUGGGACCAGAGGUGGAGCAACAGCUGGGCUCUGGCUGCCACCAGCUAACCCUGCAUGCCUCUAACGGGGUCUCGGUCUUGGGCGUGUCCACUGAGCUGCAGGUGUGUCUGCUGGAGCCUGUGGAGGGCCUGCUGGGAUCAGUGAUGGCUGAGGAGGGGGAGUGUCCAGACUCAGACCUCUACGUUAGAGUGUCCCUGGACCGGGGAGCCCCGGUGCAGCUUCUCUUCCAGGUGUCUGGAGCCAACGGCAGCAUCUCUGAGACCAGAGACAUUUGAAAACAGAAGCACACAGGUUUACAAUAUCUCAACCACUAUCCAAGGAUAUUUGCAAGUGAAAGUCAGGGCCUGGAUUGUCUUCUCACACAUGGAUGUGGGGGAAACACAGCAGUUGUUUGUCACAACAGUUGUUUGUCACAAGAGUUCGCCGAGCUUAUAACUUGAGAAUUACUGCCAGUCCAGAAACUGCCCGUCAAGACACUGAAAGCGUCAAACUUGAGGUAACUGGCUUAGGAGGACUAUCUAACGAAAAGCAGAGCAAAUUUGAAUGGGAAUGCAGUAAGUACCAGCUAAGGCCUUUAAGCCACAGGGCUGUUGAAGAGAACCCUCUCACCUCACCCUAUUACAGUAUAAAAUGAAAACAAUGACUGUAAACUUUGUUUUAUAACUUCCAUUUUCUGUAACAAUCUCUAUUGUUUUUUUCUCUGUUUACUCAGUGUCGUGUCUGUCAUCUUUUUACAGAAUGGCCUUAUUGUGGUGUUUUCUAACCAUUUCCCCUUUCCAAUUCCAAUAGAAGAAGACUGUAAGGGUAAGGGAAAAUGCAACGAUAAAACAACGGACAAGACUCGUUUGAUUGAAAAAGACUGUCUUCCAAACCCAUUUGAGUUCUUUAAAUACACUUUUUCUGUGAAGAGACAGAUUGGCAAUGGGAAAUGGGUUGACUGGAUUUAAACAUUGCGAUGCAUCACGGUUACUUAAAAUAGUGAAGUGAAUAUAUAUGUCAUGCUAUUUAUUUCAUGACAUGAUAACUCCUACCAGUAUCAUUUAUAAAACAGGCAAUGACAAUAUUAUACAAAUUGCUAUUUAAAUAUCACUAUAAUUCUAGUAUCAUCAUCAUAAUCAUCCUCAGAGAAGUACAAAUAACUUCCCAAAUAAAGGAAACACCAACAUAAAGUGUCUUAAUAUGGUGUUGAGCCACCAGAACUGUUUCAAUGCACCUUGCAUAGAUUCUACAAGUGCCUGGAUCUCUAUUGGAGGGAGGUGACACCAAUCUUCCUCUAGAAAUUCCAUCAUUUUGUGUUUUGUUGAUGCUGGUGGAAAACGCUGUCUCAGGCGCCACUCCAGAAUCUCCAAUAAGUGUUCAAUUGGGUUGAGAUCUGGUGACUGAGACAAACACACACACCUUAAGCCCCGUAUGCUCCUUUGAGACCCCUCUUUCAAAGUCACUGACAUCUCUUCAUCCAGCCAUGGUAGCCAAAAUAAUGGGCAACUGGGCAUUUUUACACAUGACCCUAAGUAUGAAGGGAUAAUAAUAAUUGCAUAAUUAACUCAGGAACAACACCUGUGUGGAAGGACCUGCUUUCAAUAUACUUUGUAUCCCUCAUUUAAUCAAGUGUUUCCUUUAUUUUGGCAGUUACAUGUGUUGGACAUCAUAAUGCUUUUGGACUGGUCUAAGUGGCCAUACAGAAUGUUGCUAAAUAUCUGGGAUGAAUUGGGUUAGAAAUUAUUUAGCUAAAACUAUUGACAGAUUUGUAAUCCUUAAGUGUACAACAGGGUAAUGACAUGAGCAUGUUAAUUGACUGAUUUAAUUAGAAUUCAGAAGUAAAUUGGUCACAUUUAACAUGAGUUGCUCUCAUGCCUAUGGAGCAUGCUGUAAUUACACUAAUAAUAAUAUGGCAAUUAAAUGCCAAAUAAUUACAUAAUAAUGUAUGAUUUGCUUUGUUAUUAACAAAGGCAAACUGUUUCUGGUACAACUGUUACUAUUUCCAUUUGUAUGAUAAGAAUAACUGCUGAAUUCCAUUGCUAUGUAUUUACGAAGCAAUAAUCAAGUUACUAUGUUACAAAAUGUGAAUUCAAUGUUUUUAAGAUUAUCUAUUUUAUGCAACAACAAAAAAGUACUUAUAUUCUUUCAGUUGCCAGGAUAAUUGUAAUACAGUGGAUGUAAAAAAAUAUGUACAAUUAUAAUUGGACUGUAACUCCAGUUGCCCAAAGGUAAUUUGGCAUAUUGAAGACCCAAAACCUUCAACAGUAAGUCUGAGAUUCCUUUAUUGUUGCAUGCUGAAUGCAAUCGUAUUUUUUAUUGGGAUCAAAUCAAAUUUUAUUCGUCGCAUACACUUGUUGAGCAGAUGUUAUUGCGGGUGUAGCGAAAUGCUUAUUUUCAUGUGUGAAUGAGUUUCGUUAGAGUGCAUGAAUCAAUUUAUUGACUAACCCAUGUUGUCUAAUUUGGAGUUGACAUAUUCUAGAUAAAUAAAACAAAUUGAUGCAUAAACACAUUA